GACGAUUGUGCGCGACCCGAGAGAACCGAUUCCGGUUUACAUUGGCAGCCGCUCGUUCGUUUUUUCUCAGGCCCGCUUCCGACAUUAUUAGGUCCCUGCUAAAACGUUUCGUUCGGAUUAGCCGGGCCACGCUGACACAUGUCCGAUCUAUAUAACUCGUCCGUCGUCGUUUUUUCUGCUGCCGAGAGCACGCCCAUUUUUCACGUCUCCAUUGGCAACACGCAGUCUUCUAAUGUUUCCGAUCGGUCCCGAAAAUUCUAACCAUUCUAACCGCGAAUCGGAACCAGCAAACGGAAAAGAUUAUGGGACCGGAUAGUGAAAUUUAAUAGAAUUUCGGUAUUCGAUGCGGAAGGGUUAGGAUGUUGCAAAAUUUUUGGAAGCUUGAAAACGCGUGUUGCUUUUUUGGCUGAAAUAUUACAGUUCGAAAAUAAAACACAGAAAAUGCGAGAUUGCGAGAGUUGGUUGUCCAAAAAGACGAUCAAGAAAAUACUGUCCGAUCAUGAAGCUAAUCGUGUGCAUCGUCUCAACGCUGGUACUGCAAGCAUCGGCUAUAAUCCGUAUCCUGGAUAUUAUAGGAGUUCAAUCUCCACCACGGAUAUCCAAACAACCCCCGACAGAUGAGCAACUGUUUCAAGUGGCUCAAGCGAAGGUCAAUGAGAAUGACAAACCAUUUCUGAUAGAGUGUGAAGCAGAGGGAGAACCUGUUCCAAGCUACCGAUGGAUCAAGAACGGAAAGGAUUUUCAAUGGCCAGCGUACGACGAUCGCAUUUCUCAGCAACGAGGCCGAGGAACAUUGGUGAUCGCGAGACCGCGCGACGAAGAUCUUGGUCAAUAUCAAUGUUUCGCAUCGAACGAAUGGGGAACGGCUACGUCCAACUCGGUUUUCGUCAGGAAGGCCGAAUUGAAUUCCUUCAAGGAUCAGAACCCCAUAAGCUUGAACGCCAACGAAGGACAACCGUUCAAGCUGACGUGCCAGCCACCGGACGGCUGGCCAAAACCGAACGUCUACUGGAUGAUCCAGGACACGGCGGGUGGUAUCAAAUCGAUCAACAAUUCUCGAAUGACAUUGGACCCGGAAGGAAAUCUUUGGUUCAGCAACGUUUCCCGGGACGACGCCUCCGAUGAUUUUUAUUACGCCUGCGCUGCCACAUCUCUGUUCAGGAGCGAAUACAAAUUAGGGAAUAGAGUUCUAUUGAAUGUUAUCUCCUCGGGGGUGUCCGCCAGCCAGAACAAACAUGAGCCUGUGAAACAGUACGUCAGCAGGAAAAACGAAGUUGCCUUACGCGGUAAAAAGAUCGAGUUAUAUUGCAUAUACGGCGGUACGCCGUUGCCGCAGAUAGUCUGGAGCAAGAACGGCAAGGUGAUAAGUACCAACGACAGGAUAACGCACGGGAACUACGGGAAGUCGUUGAUAAUAAAGCAUGUCAAUUUCAAAGACGAGGGCUCGUACACUUGCGAGGCGUCCAACGGUGUGGGGGACGCGAAGUCCUACUCCAUAAACUUACAAGUAAUGGCCGUGCCGUAUUUCACCAUCGAGCCUGAAAUAAUUAACGCGGCGGAGGACGAGACGGUUGAGUUCAAAUGCGCGGCCGACGGCGUGCCCGUUCCGGAGAUCAAAUGGAUACAUAACGGCAAACCUAUAGGAGAAGCACCGCCGAAUCCGCGCAGAAAAGUCACGGCGAAUUCCAUCGUUAUUGAGAAACUGACGAAGAAGGACACAGGGAAUUACGGUUGUAACGCGACCAACUCGUUGGGUUACGUUUACAAAGACGUCUACGUUAACGUGCUGGCUCUGGAACCCGAGAUUUUACAAGCGCCGGCGGACAUCGCAACGGUCGACGGUAAAACUGUGAGGAUCACGUGUCGAGUAUUCGGAGCACCUAAACCUGCUGUCAAAUGGAUCCGCAACGACCAAGAGCUGACUGGUGGACGGUACAAGACUCUGGAGUCCGGCGACUUGGAGAUCGAGAAUGUAAUAUUCUUGGAUGCAGGCACUUACACGUGUCACGCGUCCAAUAAAUUUGGACAAGUCAACGCUACCGGCACUUUGGUGGUGAAGGAACACACGAGGAUCACCGAUGAACCAGAAGAUUACGAGGUUGCUGCCGGCGCGACUGCUACUUUCAGAUGCAACGCGGUAACGGAUCCCAGCCUCGCUUUAACAAUCGACUGGCUGAGCAACGGUGAGCCGAUAGACUUCGAGAUGGAACCACGAUUCAUACGUAGCACCGAUUACUCGCUGAUGAUCACGAAGACAACCGAGCUGGAUUCUGGUACUUACACGUGCGUCGCUCACACCGAACUGGACGAGACAAAGGCACAAGCGACGCUGACCGUUCAGGACGUGCCGAACGCGCCCAAGCUACUUAGCGUGCAGUGUAUGGCGAACGAGGCGUCCGUACACUGGACCCCCAUGGGCGACAACAGGGCGCCAAUUUUAAGAUACACCAUUCAGCACAACACGACCUUCACGCCGGACACUUGGGAAGUGGCGAGGGACUCUGUGCCGGCCAUUGAACAAACGUUCGUCGUGCCCAUGACGCCGUGGGCUAAUUAUACGUUCCGUGUGCUGGCUUGGAACAAGAUAGGACCAUCGCUGCCCUCGCCGCAUAGCGACGUGUGCACCACGCUACCGGAUGUCCCUUACAAAAAUCCCGACAACGUCAUGGGCAAGGGAACCACCCCGCAGAACUUGGUGAUAUCCUGGACGGUGAUGCCGCAGAUAGAGCACAACGCUCCGAAGUUCAUGUACAGGGUGUACUACAAGCGAGACAUCCCCGGCGAGAAAUGGACCAUAGAGGAUAUACACGACUGGAAGAAGAACAAUUUGGUAGUAGACAAUCAGCCGACUUACCAAAGGUAUAAGAUCAAAGUUGUGGCGAUCAACGAAAGGGGAGAGUGCAGAGUCGCGCCCGAUGAGAUAACCGGAUUUUCUGGAGAAGAUGUGCCGCUGCAAGCGCCCAGCAACUUCACACUGAUUAAUGUGAACUCGAGUACUAGCGCGCAGUUCUCGUGGAAUCCGGUACCCGAGGAUUCUGUACGGGGUGAGCUGCAGGGAUACAAGAUUCAAACGUGGACGGAAAAGGACGGCGAGAAGGGAAUGCGAGAGAUCGACAUAAGAGGCGGAAAGAGGACGCACGCUCUCGUAAACAAAUUCGUCCCCUUCAGCAAGAACUACGUCCGGAUACUCGCGUACAACGGGCGAUACGCGGGACCGCAUUCUGAGACGCUCAGCUUCGACACACCGGAGGGUGUUCCAGGGACGAUUCUCGCCCUGGAAGCCUAUCCUAUGGGGUCCAGCGCCCUGUUCCUGGUGUGGACGAAACCUGCGGAGCCGAACGGUAAUCUAACCGGAUAUAGAAUUUAUUACGAGUCCGUGACCGGCACCAGGGCAGGGCCGUUGCUGGAGAGGAAGCCGCAUGUAAUGGACCCGGAAGCUACGAGCGCGAAAUUGGGAGAUUUAGCGCCCGACACUAAGUAUCGUAUACAUGUCCGAGCGACGACGAAGAUCGGCGAAGGAAACGACUACUUCAUCGAACAGAAAACACGGAAAUCGCAUCCUCCGGACAUACCUCGUUUCACGUGGGAGGCUAUCCCGAAGGAAAACGGCUAUUCCAACGUGAGAGUCAUUUGGCAGCUGAACUUAAACGGUAAUCCGGGCAGCCACUUUUUCGUGAAGUACAAGCUGAAGGGCGAGACGAUGUUCGACGAGUCGGACCCGGAGUAUUUAUUGAACACGAUCGAGAUCCGCGGACUUCAGAGCGGCGAGAUCUACGUGAUGUCUAUCGUCGCCGUGGACGGGGACUACUUGACCGAGAGCGAGCAGCAGGAAGUCGAGACAAGCAGCGAAGGUCCCAUCAUUCAACCGAAGGAGAACGUCGCGACCGCCGGCUGGUUCAUAGGGAUGAUGCUGGCGAUCGCGUUCCUUCUCUUGGUACUUAUAAUCGUCUGCGUGAUCAAGCGCAACCGGGGCGGCAAGUACGCGGUGCACGAGAGAGAAUUGGCAGCUGGUCGCGGCGAUUAUCCCGAGGAGGGCGGUUUCCACGAGUAUUCGCAGCCUUUGGACACAAAGUCGGCGGGUGGUCGCGCGUCUUUGGCGUCAUCCUCUCACCAAGACGGAAAGCAUCCGGAAUCUGACACGGAUUCUAUGGCGGAGUACGGGGAGGGUGAUACAGGACGUUUCACGGAAGAUGGUUCUUUCAUCGGACAAUACGGGCCCAAGGGCAGACCAGAGGAAACGCCACCCAUUCCAAGCGGCACUAUGGCCACAUACGUGUAACCUCUGCCAUUAUCUUAUCCAAGCCGCAUAACAAAUUGUUUUCUUGUCAAGAGCGAGGAAUCCUCUUCUCCUCGCUGACCGCAGCAGCUCUACUAUGCACCUUGCGCUGGGCGCAAUGUCCAACACUAUACUGCCAAUUUAGAGUUUGGUUUUGGGUUUUAUAGUUUACAUAGAAGAAUAUAAGUGAAUGUUUCUAUAUACCAAGCCGGUACGUGAAGGGAUCUACAAGUCAUGCACAACAUUUGUACAUUUUUCGUGUCAUCCGAAGACUUUAAUUCCUCUCUUAAACGUUCGAUACAUAAUAGCAUUUUCGACGCGUUGCUCGAGCAGCAUUCGGAGCAAUUUGUUUUUUUAAGCAAUUCGAAGAACGUUGCGACCCGAAAUCAUUUGACCGCGAGAAACAAUUUGUUGGUCCGGGGGAGGGGGGGGCGGCCGAAAUUAGUUACGGUGAGAAUUAGUUCGUUGAAGAUCUUUGACUAAUUAUAAAACCCAAAGACGAUAGGUGUCUCAUAGCGUGCAAGCUAUUUAUGGACAUAAAUAUAGUAGAAAGUACUCUAGCAUCGACCGAAAAAAAAAACAUUUUUUGACAAGGCCAGAUUGAUACGGACACAUAAACUGCUUAUCACAGGGUAUGUAUACGAGUUACGUUUACGCGGAUCGUUCUAAGUAUGCACGGCAUAAAAGCGUGAUGCACUUUUGAGACUGCAUAUGAGGAUCACGUCUAUUGCGAGAAAGAAAGCGAGAGAGCGAGCGAGAGAGAGAGAGAGAAAGAGAAAGAUAGAAAAGAUAAUCAGUAACUAUAAUUCGUGUUAUACAAAAUUAGUUAGACCGGUAUUGCUUGUAUGCACUCUUGGAAAAAAAAAGAAAAGAAAGAAUAACGGAGAAGGGACUGGUGUCAAGAAUUGUGUCGCAAUCUGGCCUCGACUGAUUCUAAUUUUAAACUAAUGAAAAAGAAGAAAAAGAGACGAACAUUGUUCUAAGGACGUUUAGAUGCAAUCGAUUUUUACUCUGCCGACAGAUGGCCAAAAUAUUAAACGAAUCAGUGACUGUCUAACAAAGUAUUGUGCACUCGCACUUUCAUUAACGAUACACGAACGAUAAGAAAAAAAAAUAUAUGAAAGAUAUUAUUAUUAAUGCUACGAUAUUAAAAAAGAAACAUUGUACAUGCACUCUAUAGUAGUUAAAGAAACAACAACAACAAAAAUAUUUCACAUGGCCUGUAAUUGUUGCUUUUUGUAUGUGAAACGUGCUUUAGCUGAAACAAAUGAGAAGUCCUUUUAUUUUUAUGAAUGUUUACCUUUCAGUUUUUUUUGGUAAUUUUAUUAUAAUCCAAUGAAUAUAGGGUAUUCGAUUAUUUAAUAUAUAAAAUAUUAAAAAAAUAUAUAUAUAUAUAUAUAGAGACAUAUAUUGAUUAUUAAUUAAUGCUUAGAUUCUUAAAGCAAAAGAUGAAAUGCGAUCACACAGGAGUAGCUAUAUUAUUACGUUUUAGUAUAUGAAAUGUUAUGGGAUCAUAGGACGAUGAUCAGUUGAUUUCUACGAGAAUAAAUGUACGUUCUUUUUUUAUUUACCACAUUAAGUUUAGCAUAUUCAAUGCAAUGUACAGGUUGUCUGCAAAAGUGUCGCGAGCAAAUAUGUCAGGUACAAAAGUAAGAAAAAGGUACAAAGUAUAGAAUACUUACACAAUACAUGUGCGCGUAAAGUUCGUAAAAAUCUAUAUGAUACUUCCAACGAAAUGAUACCACACCUCUCUCAGCUUUAUUAUUUACGAAUUUUCUUUGAACAAAUUUCCCGAAUUUGGUGUCGCUCUGUUGAAGAUAAAAUUUGCGUUUUUUCCUUUGGCUUGUCACGAGGUCUCGAAUCGAUAUUUGUCAGGGUCUUUUUUGCCGAUUAUCCUGUACAAAUACACAAAUACUAAAUGGCUUGGACGUCACGUAAUUUUUACGAACUCUAUACAUAUAUGCAUACGUAUAUAGAAACGCCCGCGUGUGUGGGGGGGGAAGAUGUAUUGUAAAUUAUAAUAAAGAAAAAAGAAAAAAACAAUAAAUUUAUUGUAAAGAUACCGAAGUUAUAUGGAAGAAAGAAUUGUGAAAGCGCAGAGGCGUAUAUAUGUAAUAUAUUAGAGCGUCAUUUAUCGUAAACACCUGUAUUUAAAUUAUAUAGAGUAGAGUUCCGCGAAAAGAACAGUGACGUCCAAGCCAGUUACAAACAAAACGUACGCGAUUACGGUCUCUCUCUAUGUAUUCUCUCCUAAUCGUACCUACUAUCUUUUGUAUAUUUUCGAGAAACGUCGUUAACCACGUAUACAUAUAUAUAUUAAUAUUUAGCGUUCUCUGAAUCUCCGGUCGGACGAAACACCGUGUAGCAUGUGUGCACUUUACUAAUGUGAAACUUCCAAACAAACGUUUCGUACGCGUGAGUGGCGUUUUGAUACUUUUUAAUAUAUUUUGAUACUUUUUUUCUUUAUUGUAUUAUUUCAUCGAUCGUUCAUAUUUGUACACGACGAGCCCUUCUUUUUCUUCUUUUGUAUUUAUCACGGUAGGAAGUGACGAUAAGGAAGCGUUUUUUCAAAGUAUGAAUCUCGACGUUGGAUCUGGACAUUUAGUUUUAUCGACUUAUUAACAGUUCUGUUUGUAUCGUUGCGCAGCAAAGGACACCGUGCCACAGCGCAGCGCAAAAAAAGAAAAAACAGAAAAAAGAAACAACAUACACGCAAAAGCAGUGUUCAUUGAACGGCAGGACAGCGCAUGUUUACCUUAUAAUACCGCGAAGAAACAAAACAAAAAAUGCAUACUUCAUUCAAUUAAUAUGCGCGCGCCUAUCGUGCUGAUCUUUCAUUGUACAUUUAUUAUUAUUAUUAUUAUUAUUAUUAUUAUUAUUAUUAUAUUAUUACUUAUUAAGAUACCCGUUGCGUUUACCGGCAGAAAGAUGCACAAGCGGGGGAGAACACGUUGUGUGUUCCGGUGCAUGUUUCUGAUGUUCCGGUGCCCCCAUCGUUUUCAAUAUUUUUUUUCUACGGCGUAGAAAAUUGCAGAGUUUACAGCUAACCGGUUGAAAGUUAGUUUCAUCUCGACGCGACACGACACCACGUGUGUGCCCCGUCGAUUACGUUACAUCCGUUAUGUACAAAAAAAAACAAAGAAAUUUAAUCGAUCCGUUUUUUAGUUCUGACCGUUUCAUCAGCGAUCACGAUAACGCGCAUUCCAACGCCUGUGUAACAUCUCCCAUGUCAAUAAAAAAGAUGAAUAAAAUAAACGAAAUCAACAAACGACAA